UUUUCCAGCCAAUCAGAGCUCAGAAAGAAGACAGCGCUGGAGUUUGAAUACACUGCAGAAACAGUCGGGACGCUGUUUUAUUUCCACCGAAAUUGAGAAAAUAAUGGAAGCAAUGAUUAUGACUAAUCGGCAAGCUAGUUAAAGAAAUAGGUACAAUGCAAAGUUGUCGCUGCUGCGGAGGUCUGGAUUAGGUUUGGGAUAAUAAUAUUGAAGUUUUUUUUUUGAUUGCGCCAACCACCGAGUCUUUUCACGUUAAGUCCGUCGACUUGUUAAAAAAAAAUGAUUUUUUGGGUAUAAGGAAUCGUGUCAGUAUUAUUUUCUAUUGAUGUCCUUCGUGUGUUUUUUUUUGUUACUUAAGUACAAGUAAUAAUGACUAAGCGACGGUUUGCGUGAAAAGACAAGCGCGCAAAGGAGUAUCCCCGCUUUUGUUGGAUUAAGGUGAACAUUGUUUUUAGCGUGUAGUUUAGCAGGAUAGGAAGCUGAAAUGAUGAACGUGGGGAGAAAUGUAGUUCGGCUAGUGGCUGUGCAACAUCUCCGCACAGCGUACGGAAUCAAGACAAAGAACUGGAACAAAAACAAAGCAGCCAGUUCGAAGUCAACAACCACAAACUCUACGAAGGUCUUUGGAGUACCACUGGAGAUCUUACCAUAUUAUGACAUGACACGUGGGCGUGUGCCACGCUUUCUGGUGGAUGCAUGCAUGAAGUUGGAGGCGCAUGCCGACACUGAGGGCCUGUUCAGAAAAUCGGGCUCUGUUGUUCGCCUGAAAGCCUUACGGACCAAAGUGGAUUCGGGUGAGGAGUGUCUGUCUACCGCGCUUCCCUGCGAUGUGGCUGCACUGGUCAAGCAGUUCUUCAGAGAGCUGCCAGAGCCCGUGCUACCCAAUGAGCUGCAGGAGGCCUUCCUCAAGGCCCAGCAGCUCCCCGCCAAGGAGGACCAAAUCUCCGCCACCAUGCUGCUGUCUUGUGUCCUGCCUGACAGGAGCCUCAGUGUUUUGGGCCACUUCUUUGACUUCCUUCAAAAUGUUUCCAAGAGGAGUGCCGAGAAUAAGAUGGACAGUGCUAACUUGUCUGUCAUCUUGGCUCCCAAUCUCCUCCACUGCGGAGAAGGUAUGGAGAAGAUGAACGCCAACACAGAAAAGCGCAUCAAGUUGCAGAUGGCGGUUGUUCACUGCUUCAUAGAGCAUGCCCACAAUCUUGGUGUGCUGCCACAAUUCCUUGAAGAGAAGGUUUCAGAGAUUGUGCACUGUGAGCAAAUUCUGUCCCCUAUGUUCACUGAACUUCAGGAACUAGACCAGAACUCAGGGUUGAAGCGGAGACACAGGCAGAGUCUUGGAGUCCUUUCUUCUGCCACUCCUGUGAUUGGGACGCCAUCCUCCAAGCGAAAACUGCCUUUGGAUCCCGGCUAUUCUUUUGGAUUCUCAAACAAGAAACGUAGAUCUGUCAUGAAAAAUCUUGGGAUGGAAUUGCUUCCCAGUUCCCUAUUCAGCGGCACUUCCACCCCUGGAUCAGCUUGCAGUGCGUCAGGAGUGCUGGAUUCAUCCCAAAGUACUUUGGCCUCUGCUGGGAAGUGUCAAAGGCAACCGGCCACCUCAGCAAGGAGGAAGAGCAGACGGAUGAGCGGCAGACAUGUAGUCAGCAGAGUUGAAUCUGGAAAAGCUGGCUGCUUUUCUCCGAAAGUGGACAAAAAAGAAGCACAGCGCAAGUCUCUGCGCCAACGGUUCAGCUUGGGGAGGAGCCACAAAGACGCCGGAUCUCAGUCCAUAGGUUGGCGACUUGCCACCCAGGAGAGCACCACCAGUUUUUGUUUCACCAAAGAGACUACGUUCAAGGCAUCGCUUCAUCCCACAAAUACAAAAUCCAACAGUUCAAAGUUUAUAAGCAAGUCUGAGGACAACUUGCUGACCCCCCAGUGUGACCCCAGUGCCCACUGCACCUCAUGGAGCGGUGAAGCCCCUGGAGAAGCACAGCUCCUAAGCCAAGUGUCCUUCCCUGAUACGCCCACGGUUGUCCGUCUAAAGAGCCAGUUUGCGUCCGAACCCGCCAUUGUUGUGUCCAAACCUCUGACUGGCUGUAACCUGUCCAAAAAGCUGUGUUGCAGUUCCGAGAGCCUGGAAAGUGAGUCCUCCGUUUCCAAAGCUUCGAUCCAAAGUGUAGCGUCCCCGGUUAAGGUGGACGCUUCCCUCGCAGAGUCGGGAGCUUUGAAACAGGAGUCGAAAACAAAGCCGUCCGACAGCGUCAGUCAGACUCCCACAGUUUUGCGUCUAACUGAGGACACAUGCAUGUCUAAGUUGCCAAGUCAUCAGCUGAAUGUUACCUUUGACAUAGCAGCUUUAUCACCUUUGCAUAUUGAUAGUAUAGUUUUAGAUUCUGCCGGGAAGUGUAGUCCAGCUGCUCGGGGUUCAUUUGUUGACCACACCAGCUCAGCGAUGAAUGCAAGUGAUGAUUCAUCCGAGCUGCUCCGUUGCAGUAGGCUGAUAGAAGCUCUGGACAUGCAGAGUCCAGCACACUUCAUGCUGAGUGUCUCCCCGGGACUUCGUUCCACCCCCUACGUGCCACGCCUUGAGCUGGCAGAUGAGCGAGGCCACACUACAGUGCGUUGUGAGGAUGUGUCUUCCCCAGAAGCUGGCACCCCCAAAAAACAACCGCAACCUGAUCCGGAGUGCCGCCAUUCACGUGUCGCAGACCACAUUCAACAUUUCAACAAACUCACCAUAAAGUCUCCCAGGGGUGCCAAUGCCAAGCAUAUCAGGUCGCCAUUGAAGUUCCAGCGCACCCCCGUGCGUCAGGCGGUCCGCAGGAUCAACUCUCUCCUCGGAGAGAGCAGGAGACCUGCUCGAAAGGUGGACAUGACUGAGGCUCGAGGUAUCCAAGCUGUGAAAGCGCUGAGCUUGGAGAGUGGCCUGUCCCCGCAGCUUCAGCCAUCCAAAUUUCAACCUGUUCCUAAGAAACCACCCCCUGUUCCACCCAAAAAGCCAAGCACAUUCGCUGCUAAAAGCAAGGUUUGUCCUCUUGGCGACAUGACCAACAAUGUCCAAAGAAAGGCCAAUGUGGAUCCACCCAACUGGGAGGCAGCAGCAGCAGCACAGAAGGUUGUUUUGCAGAAGCUAGCAGAAAAUGAGGUGCAACAUUACCGAGGUUCACCCAGAAACCCUCUUAACCAACCACGACUGCUGCCAGCUACCAAGCCUGUUGAUUUGUAGCUAUGCUUCUUUUGCCUUAUAAAUUACAGUUGAGUUGAGCCCUAUUGAUUGUGGGAUUUAAUUUAUUUGUGGCUAAAAUAGGUGCUGCUUGUCUUGUCAUGUGGCCUUCUCAGAAAAUGUGCCUUUGCUUUACAUUACCAGUAGGUUUUAGAUUGUAAAAGCUUGAUGAUUAUUUUUCUUACUUUAUUUUUUUUAAUCGGUGGAAUGACAGGGAAUUGAAAGCUAUCUUUACUUUUAUGCAUGCAUUCUAUGGCUGUUACUGUUUACAGUUGCUUAUGUGUUUCUUUUGGUCCUUUUGUACUUCUUGUUGUCUUCCAAUUGGCCAGAGCCAAUGGUGGGGUUUUUUCUAUUAUAAAUACAGCCGGAUAAUA